AUGGAGAAGGGAGGGGAGUUGAGGAGGGAGGGAGGUGAGGGAGAAGCAGAGGGGUUGCAGCGAAGGGAGACGGUGCCAGGUGCAGCUGCUUCGCCUGCUGCAACCGCUGCUGGGGAGGCACCGCCUGUUGCUGCUGUAGCACCUGCCCCACCGACGGAAGCAGCACCAGCAGCAGCUUCUGCUGCUGCUGCUGCUGCUCCUGCUGCUGCCGCCUCCCCUGCUUCCCCUGCCACUGGAGCAGCAGAGGGGCCCAAGGCACAGAAGAGGGCAGCUGUGAAGACUGUCGUGUGCCGGGGAGUGAAAUACCACGUCACUGCCAGGUGGGGCGGUGCUCUUGCUACGAUACCCGCCCUGCUAUUGCGAUCCGCGGACGUGAUGCAGCGCCCAGCCUCCCUUCCUUUCUCUUCGUCUCACCCAUCCUCUCCUCUCCUCUCCGCCCUUGCCCUCCCUCCCACCAGCACAUGCACGCUGCUCUCAGGUACCAAAGAGUGCGUGGCAGUGGCGGAGGCACUGCGGUCACUCUCGGGGGAGGUGGAGCAGCGCCCGGCUUUCAUUCGCCAACCCACCCUCAAAUCCACCCUCUCGUCUCUUCUCAUGCGCCCCCCCUAUCCCACCAGUGCAUGCACGCUCCUGUCAGGAGGAGAGUACGUGGCAGUGGCAGAGGCACUAUCAUCGCUUGCAUGCACGCUGCUGUCAGUGACCAGGGAGUACGUGGCGCUGGCGGAGGCGCUCCCAUCGCUGGCAGGGGAGGUGGUGCAGCGCCUGGCGGACCUGCUGAAGCUCUUCAACUCGCGCACCUGCCAGCUUGUGCUGGGCGCGGGCGCCAUGCAGGUGUCCGGGCUGAAAACCAUCACAGCCAAGCACCUCGCACUCUCCAGCCAAUGCAUCUCCCUCGUCUAUGCUCUCAUCCCCGACCUGCGGCGCAUUCUGUCUGCCUUCAUCCCCGAUGCGCGGCGAGGGCUCGUCAUAACGCACCUUGACCGCGUGGCUCAGGACUACAGGGUGCACAGGGACGAGAUCCACAGCAAGCUGGUGGCAAUCAUGAGGGAGCGCCUGCUCGUGCACCUGCGCUCGCUGCCCGCAGUAGCUGACACCUACUGCCGCCCGGACGACUCCCCUGCCGAGCAGCAGCCCUCCAACUUCGCCCCUGUUGUGCCUGAUGAUGUUCUGCUUCCUUCUUGUCUCAAUCAGCCAAACCGCUCUAAGCCACACCUCCCCCACCAUCUCCCCCCACCAUCACACCCCCACCAUCUUACCCCGACCCUGUGA